AUGACGCGUGUGAUACCUGCAAUCAAGGCGUGUUUUCCAUCGAUGAACAAGCAUGUUGUGUUACAACACGACAAUGCCACGCUACACAGAGUCAUCACGGACGAAGUCCUUGCCUGCGUGUCGACCGAUGGCUGGACGUUUGUUGAUUCUUUGCUUCCAUCCAAGCGCUGCGAUAUAAGUUUGAGAGUCAUUCGUGCGACCCUUGCUGCGUUCGCUCUCUUUGAAAGCGACAAGUUGGUGGACGCGUUCCUGACUUUGCAAGCGGUCAUGCGUUUGGUCCUCGAGAACAACGGCGGCAACCAGCUCCGUUUGCCACAUCUAGGCAAGAAAGCCUUGCGCCGCCGGGAAACUCAUGACCAACGUGUCCUGUCCAUCUCAUCUAGUCUAGGUUACCAGUGA